GGGCGGGGCCUCGGCCCGCGGUCCGCGCUGUAAGUGCGCGGGCCGGGUCAGGUCCCGUCGCCGCGCAGUCCCGCUCCGCCGUUCGGGUCGCCCGCGGACUCGCCGCCGCCGCUCGAGCGCCUCACGCCCCUCAGUCCUGGACGGGGAGAGAAUCUUGGAGCCAAAACCCCUAGUGCAUCGCCACAGACAAGAUCCCCACUUCCAGGCUUCCAAUUUCCAGAGAAUUUUCAGCCCUUUGGGGGAGGAAGUGACUUUCGUUACCCCCCCCCCCACACACACACAAACACACACUGGCCUUUCAUCUUCUUUCUUUUGUAAUUCCUUGGGACCAGUUUGGUGAACCUCCCACGCUCCGGCUUUAGCUCUCUGGCCCGUUUUGGUGUCUGAACAGCCGUCCUCCGGUGCCUCUGCUUUGGGCGGCGGCGUGAGCCGUGGGCUGGGCAGCCAGGCCUGAGGGCUAAAGCAGCCAUGUCCACCAAGGUCCCCAUCUACCUGAAGCGCAGCAGCCGCAAAGGCAAGAAGGAGAAGCUGCGGGACCUGCUGUCCUCCGACAUGAUCAGCCCGCCUCUCGGGGACUUCCGCCACACCAUCCACAUUGGCAGUGGUGGCGGCGAUGACAUGUUUGGGGACAUCUCCUUCCUGCAAGGCAAGUUCCACCUGCUGCCAGGAACGGCAGUGGAGGAGUCCGAGGAGGAUGGCAGCUUUGAUCUCCCUUUCCCGUUCACCCGCACGUCCACGCUGUGUGGGCGGGAGCACCCUGAUGGGCCAUCGCCUCUGCUCAAGAACGCCAUCUCUCUCCCGGUCAUUGGUGGGCCCCAGGCCCUCACUCUGCCCACAGCCCAGGCCCCGCCCAAGCCCCCUCGUCUGCACCUGGAGACGCCUCAGGCUUCCCCGCCCGAGGCCGGAAAUGUGGACAUCUGGAGGAUUCCGGAGGCCAACUCUCCCCACAAUGGGCUGACCCCCGAGUCGGGGGCUGAUGAGCCCUUCCUGUCCCAGGCCAGCUCCCUGCUGUCCUUGCACGUGGACCUGGGGCCCUCUAUCCUGGAUGACGUCCUUCAGAUCAUGGAUCAGGAACUGGACCAUGUACAGAUCCCCACAUAGGACAGGGGGCUGACCAGGCAAGGGUACCCAGGCUGGGGUGACGCCUGGAGGCAGGGUGCAGACAUGACCCUGGCCUCGGAGUCAGGAUCCCAGGUCCUACUUGGGAGCACCGGCCAGUGAUUCUCCUUUUGAGCCUUUGUGUCCCUCCCUCCUUCUCCCCGCCGGCACAGGGGGUCUCAAUGCUUUCCCCCAUCAGCCCACCAGGGACACACAUGGAAGUGGGUCCACAGUGCCCUGAGCAGCUUGGCCACCUGGCCUCUCCCUUCCUGCGGAUCCCUCGGGAAACGGCUCUGCUGAAAUGGGGCCCCGCCUCCUCCCAGGAGCCGGGCCGAUGGAAGGGUAGGCAUCUCCCAUUCUCUGGCUUUGUAUUCCAGACAGGGAGCAUGGCAUCCGAGACACCUCUGCCCCGCUGCAUGCUCCGCCCCCUCCCUUCCUCACAUGACCAGGGGAUUCUGGUUGCAAUAAAACAUGGUUGCUGCUGCUGUUGUGGCUGCUUUGGUA